AUGUUGUGGAAUCCACUGCUCGCGCCAUUUUUGCUCGGUGUUCAGAUUGAAGUAAGCGAAAAAGCUUUGCAUAUCGGACGGUGCACAUUCGCUUGCUUAAUGUACUAUGGAAGGGCUAUAAGGCUAAGGGCGACACUUGGGAGUCGCAAGGAGAGCCUUGCGUCAGCUGAGCUGGCAUAUGGCGAGUUUAUUGGAAGAAAUCCGCUGAAAAUGGCGAGAGCACGGACGAAAACGAACGAGGAUGGUGGGAAGCAAAAAGCUCGAACAAGAAGCGCGCCAAAUGAAGAGGAAGAGAAUGGUCUUCCGAAGAUGCGACAUGUGAUAUAG